GAUUUGGCGCGAAGCUUCUACGUGGCGUUUCGUGGUAAAACGAUCACGCCCUCUCCGUGACGCGUGGAAAAAAAAAGGUUCCAAUCGCCGACUCCCCCGGAGUGGCCUGCUCCGUAGCGCCACCCUCACGUGCAGUCAUGCACGUGUCCCCAUCUCGUACGUCCUCAAGUCAAGCCCGUCAAUACAUCCAACGGCUCUCCAUCGCUUAUAUAUAGUCUUAAUAACCCUCACUGUUCCAAAAACGACUUAGACUUUCAGCGAAACAACGAAGCUUGCUUCUCUUUUUUCUCCCGGUCAUGAAAUCCCUUCUCAUCCGAGCCGGUUCUGUCCCGGUUCAGUCACCGCACGUCUGCGGUUCGCCCAGAGUGUGCCUCUCUAGGAGUAAUUCACUUUCCGGCGUCUUCUCCAGCGAGAAUAGCAGCGUUUUCCGACCGAAGGCUUCGCUUCAUUUCGACGUCAAUUGCAGGGGAGAUAAAGGUAUCCGGAGAGUGUGCUCGGAGAACGACGUGAUCCGAUCGGUGAAUGAAUUCUCCGGCGGGUCAUUUAGUUGUUUUCCGGCUAGGAUUCCGGAGGAAGAGUACGUUUCAGAAGGUGGAGACGAUGAUGAUAAUGGUGGAAUAUCUUCGUUGUUGAGAAGAAGUGCUAGUUUCAGUGGAGUUAGGCCGGAAUGCGGAAUUCCACUGGAGGAGCACGGGUUUUCCGGUGGAGGUUUUGGAGAAGGAGGCAAAUCCGCUGGCGGCGACGGCGGCGGCGAUGACUAUGGAUUUAGUAGUUUGAGUGGCGGAAACAGCGAUAGAAGCAAGAUCGGAGAUUAUUACCAGAAAAUGUUGAAGAAAAAUCCAAGCGAUUCUCUUCUACUGAGAAACUACGGCAAGUUCUUGCAAGAGGUAGAGAAAGAUACAGAGGGAGCAGAAGAGUAUUACAGCAGAGCCAUACUGGCAAAUCCUGGAGAUGGAGAAUUGCUUUCACUGUAUGGUAAACUAAUUUGGGACACAGAGAGAGACGAAGACCGAGCCAAGUCUUACUUCGAUCAGGCCGUUCAUGCCUCUCCUGACGACUGCAUGGUUUUGGGAUCGUAUGCACAUUUCAUGUGGGAAGCAGACGAAGACGACGAUGACACCGAAGAAAUUAACAAAAAGACUGAAAUGUCGCCGUCACGUGCCCUUGUACCUGCGUUUUGACUGACCCAUCUCUGUAAUUUGUACACUAGUGGGUGAGACUUAAGAAAGCUGUUUUAGCUAAAUGCUUGCUAACCUCAAGAAAGGCAAAUAAAUAACUAAUAAUAAAAAUCCAAGUGGGAAGAGGAAUGUUUAUUCUUGUUUAAUUACUUUCUUUUUUGUUUACUAUGUUAAUUCAAUGUGUAUAUAUUAUGCUUAUUGUAGCUGAAAUAUGAUCUCAAUAUUUUUCUCC